AUGAGCUCCAUCAAGCGCACGUCCCCAUUGGACGUGCUCUCCCUCAACCUGACCAACCUAGACCCCCUGACUGAGAACUAUGACCUGGGUUUCUAUCUCAACUACCUAAUGCGAUGGCCGUCGCUCUUCAACUCGGUCAAAGACCGCAGCGAGGGCAUUGUCGGAUACAUUAUGGGUAAACUGGAGGAACAGCACCCCUCCAUGCAGCACUCGGAGCACUACACCCCAUGGCACGGACACAUCACCGUCUUGACCGUUGCCCCAGCUUGGCGACGACUCGGCUAUGCGCGCAAACUGACCGAGCAGCUGGAGCAGGCGUCAAAUAUCAACAAUGCCUGGUUUGUGGAUUUGUAUGUCCGCGCCAGCAAUAAGGUUGCCGUGGAUAUGUACAAGGGCAUGGGGUACUCCGUCUUCCGGCGCGUGGUCAAUUACUAUAGCGACGAUCCAACAGGGCUCUCCGAGUUUGGGGAGGAUGCCUUUGACAUGCGCAAGCCGUGCGGUCGAGAUAAGAAACUGGAGCAUGUGCGAGAAAAAGGAGAGGACUUCCUCGUGAGUCCGGAGGAUGUCACAUAA